AUGAUAAACCAGGAUAUGGUGCUGGUGCAGCCUGAUUGGUGUGUGAUAUCUGAAAAGUGGAUGAAGAGCGAGCGACUGCCUUGGCACUCCCUUUUCUCAGAGGAGCCCUGCCGGCGGCCCAGACUUGCCAAGAUGCCGUGGGUGGCCCUGUUGGCCGUAGUGGUGGUCAGCGCCAGUCUGGACCUGAGGACCGAGGCUGCCGCUUUGACCGAAAUCCAUCGGGCAGGAUACUGUGCCUUCUACGACAACUGUGGUCCGAACCCUGAAAUUGGACCUGGACUCAUCGUGCAGGAAGUGCCCUGCAUUUCCAACACCCCAGCCCAGCUACUCAAGGGCUCCCACCUCAACCUCUUGAAGAAGAACUGCCCAAUGCUGUACAAGGGAGACGACAGCACCUACGCCUGCUGCUCUCCAGAGCAGUUAAAUUUUAUAGAGAGCAGCCUUUCACUGCCCAGGGCUGUGCUGUCUCGUUGCCCAGCCUGCCUGGAGAACUUCUCCAACAUCCAUUGCCAGAACAUCUGCAGCCCAAACCAGAGCUUGUUCGUCAACGUCACCCGCUACUUCAAUCACACCAUCCGGAACGUUACGGUGAAGGGAUUGCUGGAGUUUCAGCCUUACUACAACCAGCAGUUUGCCGAGGGAGUUUUUCAGUCGUGCCAGGGAGUCAGGAUGCCAGCCACCGGAGGUUACGUCGUAGGCGCCAUGUGCGGCAAGUACGGGGCGGCUGCAUGCAACACUCAGCGAUGGCUCGAUUUCCAAGGUGACACGAGCAAUGGGAUGGCCCCCUUGUCCGUCAAAUAUCAACUGACACCAGGGGACUGGGCAGCUGAGGAGGGAGGCAUUUUGCCAUUCAAUGAUACAGUCUGGAAAUGCAGUGAGACUGUAAAUAAUAGCCCGAAGUGCUCCUGUUCGGACUGUGAACAGUCGUGUCCAGCCAUCCAGCUUCCUCCGUCCACACACCAGCCCUUCAAAGUGGGGAGCAUGGACGGGAUCCUGUUUGUCUCCAUCAUUCUCUUUGGUGUUGUUGCACUGUCGUUUGUGUCCUUGCAGCUGUGGCAAAGAUGCUCCUCACCUGGGAAGCAAAAGGGUCACAGCAGAGAAGAUACCGUGACUAAGUUGACCGCCUCUGAGAAGGCAAGUCAGGCCAUGUAUGAUUUCUUAGUUAAGGCCUUCAGCAGGUGGGGCACGUUGAUGGCCUCUAAUCCCAUCAAAGUCAUGAUCGUUUCUCUAGCCAUUGUGGCAGGACUUUCCAGUGGAAUGAUCUGGAUGGAACUAACCACGGACCCUCUGGAGCUCUGGGCCUCUCCAGACAGCCAGGCCCGGCAGGAGAAAGAGCUCUACGAGAAGCACUUUGGGCCCUUCUUCCGGACCAACCAAAUCAUCCUGACAGCCAAGAACCCCAAAAGCCACAUUUACGAUUCUCUUCUUUGGGGCAAGAAGAACUUCAGCGGGGUCCUCUCUAAAGAGGUGCUCUUGGACCUGCUGGACUUGCAGAUCAAGCUGCAGGACCUGAAGAUCUGGUCUGAAGAGCAUCAUAAGAACAUCACCUUGCCGGACAUUUGCUACGCACCUCUGAAUCCCCAGAACGCCAGCCUCUCAGACUGUUGUGUCAACAGCCUUUUGCAGUUCUUCCAGAACAAUGGUACCCUCCUGGAUUUGAAAGCCAACCAGACCUUGGGGCAGAAGAAUGGCACAGCUGACUGGAGAGACCACUUCCUUUACUGCAUCCACUCUCCAACCUCUUUCCAAGAUAACACGGAGCUCAAGCUGAGCUGUAUGUCGGACUACGGCGCCCCCUUGUUCCCCUUCCUGGCGGUAGGAGGUUAUUCAGGGUUGGAGUACUCCGAAGCAGAAGCUCUCAUCCUCACCUUCUCCUUGAACAACUUUCUCUCCAGCGACCCACGUUCUGACUUUGUGCUGUUGUGGGAGAAGCAUUUCCUGGAGGUGGUACAGGAAUUUCAGAGAAAGCACUCUGAGAAAUACGCCAUUGCCUACAUGGCAGAGCGCUCCCUGGAGGAUGAAGUCAGCAGAACCACCUGGGAGGACCUCCCCAUCUUUGCUAUCAGCUACCUGGUGAUCUUCAUAUACAUCACGGUGGCCCUAGGAGAAUACUCCAGCUGCAGGAACAUCCUGGUGGACGCCAAGCUCUCUCUUGCUAUGGGCGGCAUUGUGGUGGUCUUGGGGGCGGUGCUGUCAUCUCUGGGCUUCUACAGCUUCAUAGGGCUGCCCUCGUCCCUCAUCAUUAUUGAAGUGGUGCCCUUCCUGGUGUUGGCAGUUGGUGCCGACAACAUCUUCAUCUUUGUGUUGGAACACCAGCAAUCCCAGUCAGUGCCUGGGGAAACCCCGGAGCAGCACCUUGGGCGCACUUUGGGCAACGUUGCCCCCAGCAUGCUCCUGUGCAGCCUCUCCGAAGUCAUCUGCUUCUUCCUGGGGGCUCUGACACCCAUGCCUGCGGUCCAGACUUUCGCCCUCUAUGCAGCCCUGGCAGUCUUCUUCGCCUUCCUGCUCCAGAUGUCGCUCUUUGUGGCGUUGAUGUCCCUGGAUAUCCGCAGACAGAAGGCCUCUCGAGUCGAUCUCUGCUGCUGCCUCCGCGUGCCCGAAUGUGAGCCCGUGAAGCCCCACGAUGGGCUGCUUCGCACAUUCAUGCGCAAGAUCUACACGCCAGCCUUGCUUGGCAGCAGCGUUGUCCGAGUUCUGGUGGUGCUGCUCUUCACCCUGCUUUUCUGUGCUGGCAUCUACCUGACAUUCCACAUCGAUGUGGGGCUGGAGCAAGAACUGGCGGUACCCAAGGACUCCUACAUGGUGACGUUCUUCCAAUUUUUCAACCAAUAUUUUAUGGUGGGUGCCCCGACCUUCUUUGUUGCCACUGGUGGCUACAACUACUCCUCGGUGCCUGGAAUGAAUGGUAUCUGUUCCAGUUCUGGGUGUAAUAAUAACUCCAUGAUGCAGAAGAUCCAAAUGGCCACCAAGUUCCCCGAGACGUACUAUCUGGCCAUUCCUGCUUCUUCCUGGGUAGAUGACUUCAUCGACUGGUUGAACCCCUUAUCCAGAUGUUGCCGCAUUUACAGUUAUGGCCCUAACAAGGGCAAGUUCUGUCCCUCAACCAGCGACGAAUUUGCCUGCGCUUUCAGCAAAUGCAUGGGCGGCUUCCAAGGCAUCCUCCGGCCAAACGUAGAAGAGUUCAACAAAUUUCUGCCCUGGUUCCUCCACGACACACCCAACCUCAAAUGCCCCAAGGGGGGCCUCGGGGCUUAUGACACGGCGAUACAUCUGGGGUCCGAUGGGCAGAUCUUGGCAUCACGGUUCAUGGCCUACCACUCCCCGUUGAAGAACUCUCAGGAAUACACAGCAGCGCUGAAGGCGAUACGGCAACUGACGGCUAACAUUACGGCUACUAUGAGGGAAGUCCCCGGCACUGAUCCGAACUUCCAGGUCUUCCCAUACACAAUCACCUACGUCUUUUAUGAGCAAUACCUGACGAUCACCACCGUUGGCCUCAUCAACCUGGCCCUGUGCCUGGUGCCCACCUUUGCCGUCUGUUACAUCCUGCUGGGCCUGGACCUGCGCUCGGCCUUCAUCAACCUCCUCACCAUCGUCAUGAUUAUUGUGGACACCGUGGGCGCCAUGAACCUUUGGGGCAUCUCCUACAAUGCCAUCUCCCUCAUCAACUUGGUCACAGCCGUGGGCAUCUCUGUGGAAUUUGUCUCCCACAUCACCCACUCCUUCGCUAUCAGCAAAAAAUCUACCAAAGUGGAACGCUCCCGAGAAGCCACCAUCAACAUGGGAAGCGCGGUGUUUGCUGGUGUGGCCAUGACCAACUUGCCAGGCAUCGUGAUCCUGGCAUUUGCCAAGGCUCAAAUCAUCCAACUCUUCUUCUUCCGCCUGAAUCUCAUCAUCACGCUCUUAGGGAUGCUGCACGGCCUGGUCUUCCUGCCAGUCAUCCUCAGCUACUUUGGGCCUUCGGUCCGCCAAGCAAUGCCUGAGCUACAGCCAAGAACGAAGAACUCCUCCAUCUCUUUGGAAGGCAAACAAGCUCCUAGCAUUGACCAGACCUCUCCGAAUUAUCACAGCCAGGAUCCAACCCGAAGCCCCCACCCAGACAAAACCAGCCUCUAGAAGUCUCCACAUCUGUCUGCAGGACAGGAGCUUUGGCAAGAGGCCGGCCCAAUCAGCAGCCAGCCUGAGCUGGGACAUUGGCAGUCAAGAGAGACAAUGGGUCUUCCUGCUUUCCAUUGCAACACACGAAGAGCUGGUUUCACAUAUCACGCUGAGCCACUAGGAAGCUUGUUUGUGGCUUAGAAUGCUGUGUUAUCCUAGCCAAUUGUGUGACUUCCAUCGACAAAUCUCGGUUAAAGCUAGUUAGUGAGAUGUGAUGUAGCUGGCAGUGAGUACACACAUCAUGCUAAGCCAUGGUUUAACAAUAGACUGCUUAAUAAAGCUACAACUCUUUGGGUUCACAUGA